AUGAGAGGAGGAAACCGUUUCUUUCAUCCAGAGAAUGUUCUCCGCCGAGGAGAAGACUUGAUUGCAGUCGGACAGAAGGAAGAUGCAUUACAGACCAUUUAUGAAUUCUUGACCUCAAGAAGAAUCAGAGGUUCAGAGGUUAGUGAGUUGGAACCUAUUACUCUUUUGUUUAUUGAACUUGGAACUGAAUUACGCAAUGGAAAAGUUGUCAAGGACGGACUUCACCAGUACAAGAAGGCUGUUCAAAACACGGAUGAGGGUCUUGAGUCCCUUCAACAGGUGUGCAAGCAUUUCCUUGAGCAGUCCGAGUUUCAGUUAACCAAGGCUGAAGGUAAGGCCGGUGCUGCCGCUGAAGCUGCAGUGGAGAAAUCUGUCGCUGCUGCUGCUGCUGCACAAAAAGUAUUGGAUACCUAUGAUGAUGUUGAAGAAGAAGGUGACGAUGACGAUGAGGAUGUGCAGUUUGCCAUCUCUCCUGAAGAUAUCUUACUUUCUGCCGUUUCUACAGACGACACUACAGACAGAUCGAAUCGUCAGCUUGUUGUUCCUUGGCUGAGAUUUUUAUGGGAAUCCUACAGGACGGUUUUGGACAUUUUAAGAAACAACUCCAAGUUGGAGGUCGGUUAUUGCUUUGUUUCUGCGCACGCCUUCAAAUUUUGCGUCAAGUAUGAACGUAAGAAUGAAUUCCGCAGACUCUGUGAGAUGCUUCGCGCUCAUUUGCAGACGGUGUCCCAAAAACCCAACGACAGAUACCAGGUUACCAACCCUAUUGACCUUGGUAAUUCAAACACUCUGCAACGUUACUUAGAAUCUCGUUUCGCCCAAUUGAAUGCUGCUGUCAAACUUGAGUUGUGGCAAGAAGCUUUCAGAUCUGUCGAGGAUGUUCAUACUUUAAUGACUCUUUCGAAGAGGCAACCAAAACCUGCUAUGCUGAUGAGUUACUACGAUGACUUAGCUCAGAUCUUUGCUGUUAGCGGCGACAACUUGUUCCAUGCUGCUGCCCGCCAAAAAUACUUUAGUCUUUUGUUGCAGUCACCAAUUGCCACUGAGGAUGAGAAGAAGCAUUAUGCUUCUUUGGAAUUGAUUUCCGCUUUAGCUGUUGCUGAUAACGCUAGUUCUGAGCGGGAUGAUUUUUCCCGCAGAAAAUUGCAUAGACUUGCUUCUUUGCUUAGCAUGGGUAGUACUCCAACCAGAGACUCACUUAUCGAACAGGCAACAGGCCCUCAGGUACUCCGUUACACUGAUGAUUUGUUGAAACAGUUGAAAGAGGUACUCGAGGAUGAUUUCCAUCCUUUGUCGUUUGCCAAGGACUCCCAAUCUAUUCUUACUGGCAUAGAGUCUCACGGGGACUAUAAACAAUUUGUCACCCCACUUUUGAAUGUCAUUGUUGGCAAAAUCUUCUCUGAGGUUGCCCAGGUUUACCAGACCAUAAAGGUUGACUUCCUUGUGAAGCUGUGCACUCUCCAAGGUAAGUUUAAGCUUUCUGCCCUUGAUAUUGAAAGAAGGUUGCUUGAUGCCGCCAGUGACAAUGUCGUCAGUGUCAAGAUUGACCAGGAUUCCGGUGUUGUUACUUUCCGCUCUGAUCCAUUCAGUGAAUCUUUGGAAAACGGCACUUCCUCUACUCUUGCUGAAAAAGCAAAUGCUGCUCUUCAACUCACCCCUGCCGAAUUUGUCAGAUUCCAGCUAUCUAAUUUGGCCAAAUCAUUGUCUCAGUCAGUUAGGUUGAUUGAUGUCACACAGACAGAGUCUGUUGAUCGAGAAUUGAAGGAGCGCGCUUUAACUGAAGCUAAUGCCGAGUUCUACGAAGAGAAGGAAGAGAUCUUGCAAAGAUUUGGGGUUCUCGAGGAAAGAAAGACCAAGCUCGCUGAAUUGAAGAAAUUAGAGACCGAAAAGGCCUCUAAGGAGAAAGUCACACAACAGCUUGCUUCUAAGCAGGCUGAAAAGGAAAGGGCCGAGCAAGAAACUGUUAGAAGACGCGAGGAGAAGAUGAGGAGAGAGAUUGAAGCUGCCAAAGAGAAGGAGAAGAAGCAGCUGAUUCAAGAAGUGAACUCUAAAGGUAUUAUUCAGAUCGAUGAAAAGGAGGCGGAGAAUUUGGAUAUUGACAAAUUACGUGUGAUGCAAUUGGAGAAGUUGGAAAAGGACCAAAAGGAGACCGAAACCAAGAUGGAGGGACUUGCCAGAAGAGACGAUUACUUGGAACGUGCUGAGCGUAAGUACCAAUUAGCCCUUCUAGAAAAAGAAGCCAAAGAGCAAUCUCUAAACGACGAGAAAGAGUAUGAUGCCAUUAGAGAGAGACACAUCGAACAGGCUCGUAAAGAGCAUGAGCAUGAUAUCAAGAUUAGAGAUAGACUUCAAAGAAUGGUUUCUGCAUAUGAGAAGUAUGCAGAGGUGGCCCGUAGUGAGCAGAAUAACCUUUAUGCCAAGUUGAAGAUUCAUGCUAACAGGAAACUUGAAGAGGCUAAAGAGGUCAGAAUCAGGGAGUUUAUUGUCAAGAAGAAGGUUGAAUUUGAGGAGGAAUUACAGAGAAAGAAGGAAGAGAAGUUGAGACAACAAAAACUGGAGGAAGAAGAAAGUAGAAGAGCCGUCGCCGAAGAAGAGAGAAGAAAGAAAAUGGAGGAGAGCCAGUUAUCUAGAGAUCCAGAGAGAAGAAUUUACAAUGAGUUGCUUGCAAAGGAGAAGAAUGGCUCUUUGGCCAAGUUUAGCGAUAAGAUGACGUUGAAGAAAUUGAGGAGAAAGUAUGCCAACUAG